CAAAGCAUCUUCUCCGAGAGCAAGCAAGCAUGGAUCGUUUAUUUGGCAGGUUUCUGGUCAUGGUUUGUCUCCUCUGUUUGUUGAGCAGGGCGAGUCAGGCGCAGGGGGAGGAGGACGAUGUCAUUGUGGAUGCCGGAGUCCUGGGCAGAAUUCGGGGCACUCGGGCAGUCACCGCCCAUGAGUUUGGCGUCACUCGGGAGUACAUUCAGUUUCGUGGCAUCCCCUAUGGCACCAUCCCAGAACGGUUUCUCCCAUCACGACUCUAUGAAGAGCCUUUGACGGAAGGAGGCGACAUCUUUAACGCCACUUCUGCCGGACUUUCCUGCUUCCAGCCCAUCCUGUACCCCUUCAUGAUGACGGAGGACUGUCUCACCAUCAACAUUUACACCCACAAAAAAUUCACUGGGAACGAGAGGGAACUGCGUCCCGUCCUGUUCUUUGUUCACGGAGGCGCUUUCACCGUGGGAUCCGGGGCCUCUUUCUCCGGACUCAGGAUGAUGAACCGGGACGUGGUCUACGUCACUUUCAACUACCGUCUCGGCCUUAAUGGCUUCUUUUCCUUGCAGAACGAAAACAUUCCAGGCAAUGCGGGAAUGUACGAUGUCGUCAAUGCGCUCAAGUGGGUGAACAAGUACAUUAAGCAGUUUGGAGGAGACCCCACUCUGGUCACAAUCGCAGGCCAGAGUGCAGGAAGCGUGACUGUGACGCAAUUAAUGGCGUCUCCCAUGGCGCAAGGUCUUUUCCACCGUGCCAUUGGAGCUUCUGGCUCUGCCCUCAACGCCUGGGGCACGACGACCGACCCAAUUCCGGACGCCAUCAAGGUUGCACAAAUAGCUGGAUGUUACGACAAUAAUUCUGCCCCCAACUUGGACCUGAUCGCCUUCUGCAUGAGGAAUGUGGAGCCCAUGACCUUGGUGAACGCCUUGUACGAGUUCCAAGUGUCCGAGAGGCAGCAGGGAAGGCUGGGCUUUGCAGUCGUCUCCCCCGUCGUCCAGUCCUUCACGAUGAACGCAUACACCAAAUUCUUGCCCGAACAUCCCCGCCAGGUUUUUGAACAGGGGCGAGAAUCCCAAGUCCCCCUCCUCAUGGGAUCCACCAAGCAUGACGGGAGCUACGUGAUGGGUGUCUUUUACAACAGAUUCCUCAAGGACAACGGCCUCGAGGGGGACGAGGACUUUAUUCGCAACGAGUUGACGACCAGGAUUCUAGACUCACUGGGCGUGGAUGAUAUUUCAACGGCGGUGCAUGACGCCAUUUCCCUGCAGUACAUGCAGGAGGCGAGGAAGAGUGGGAACUUCUCCACAAUGUUCCCCGGUCUGAUUGACAUCUUUUCAGUCUUCUUCUUCAAAGGGGAUUGUUACCAGACGGCGCUCCUCCACUCGAAGAACGCCUCCUCGCCAACGUUCUGGUACAGCUUCGACUUCAAGGGGCACGCGAGUCUGUUUGCCAGUCUGUUCCCGAGUGAGGUGCCGCCCUUUCCAGGAGGAGUGACGCACACGGACGAUCUCAUCUACUUGUACUCCCUCACCUUCUCAGAGUUCACCCCCAUCGAGGCGGAGGUGUCGAGGAGGAUGUUGUCCUACUGGGCCAACUUUGCGGAGACGGGUGAUCCGACGCCUGGAAGUGAGACAAAGUGGCCCCGCUUGAACGACACGAAUCAUGGAUACAUGAUCCUCGACGAGGUGGCCUUUGCAGACAACAAUUAUCACGCCAAAUGGGUGGGGCCAGGAAAUGAACUUGUCGCUCCUUGAUCUCUGCAGUUCAAAGCAGUCGUAACAGUGAACUGGAUACAAAUUUUGUGAUACUUUAAAAAAUAUGUAGGUCUCUAUGUCUAACUCCACUUUACUAAAUACUUUGUUUAACAUACGAAACGAACACGCAACAAGAUGGUGUAUGAUUUGAGCACGCAAAGGAUGAGAACUAAUAAUAAAUUCCUCAGAGUUACUACGCA